UGUAAACCGGCUGUAAUUUCACAUGCACUGUUUUAACACGCACAAAAAUGUAUAGAAUAUCCCUGUCUUUUCUUAUUGUGAUAGUUGGACAAUUGAAAUGAAGGACUGGAAAAGAGAGAUUCUGGACGGUGUUGACAUGGUAUCAUUUCCAGGCUGUGUCCCGGGAGUCAUUUUUGUUUACGGAGAGAAUUCACAAGCAAUCCUUGCAAAUAAGAGAGGACACGUUUUAUGUGCGGCAGCUGAAUAUGGCAAAGGAAGAAUAAUUGUAUUUUCGCACAAUGUAUUUGUUAACAGUUUUGGAAUGAAAGAGACGAAACGUAAAAAUAAUCGAUUCAACGAAAAUAUCAGAAAUUGGAUAACGAAAAACACAGACAAGGGAAAUGAGAUACCUUGUUUUUCUGAUUACUUGAAUAACUUCGAUGAGCUUCCUCCCGAAUGUAGGAUAAUAACAUGGAAUGGACUGCCGGUUCGGACAGACGAUAACAGUCUACUGAAAUUACUUGAUUGGGUAGAGAGAGGAGGUGGGUUGAUAUGUGGAGUGUGCCCAUGGGGAUUUGCAGAGGUUUAUAAAAUAGACGUGGAGAGUAUACCACUUAACAUCAUCUUCAGGGCAAUAGGUAUCGCUUAUGCUGGGAAAUUGAUGUACAAGAAUGAUAGCGAUUUAGCGGAACUUCUAGUAAAAGACAAUAUGGCGGAUUAUGCAAAGCCCAGUGAUCUAGUUUCAGCAAUUAACAAGCACCCAGAAAAGAUUAACAGAUUAGGAGGAUUAAUACACAAUGUAGUACACUUACCAGAGGAACUUUAUAUCAAACACAAACCACAUGUUGUGGAAAUGAUUCAGAAAUUAUCACCAGAUAACGACCAUAUACCAACACGGAGUAAACCCGUUGAGUCACAUGGCGCCAAAAAAGCUGCGAUGCUGACGUGCGAUAUCAUGAUACGAGAUGGCUUAGAAGGGAAUGUAGUAUUAGCAGAAGGAAUUCAUGAAUUUCCUGGAACAUUUGUAAAUACACCGGAAGUUCAAUCUAUCGAAUUAGAAUUUUCCUCACAGACACACAAAUUUCAUUCAACGGGAUGUUACCUUCCCGCUGGUACUAUUAUGGAAUUGUCGUGGAGCAAAACGAAAAAACCAUGGAAUAUUAUAAUUGGUCUGCAUGGUGACGAGCUUUACAAUACUGAUUCUAGGCUAAGACGAUGGCCUAAGAUCAGAAUAAAGAAAGAGCUUAAAACAAAAGAAUUGGGAAAUUUUUCUUCAACACUACUUAACAUUUGCAGUCCAUUUGGAGGACUGAUUUAUUUACAGUCGCCUAAAAGUACAAAGGAUAAAUUGCAGUUAAAACUACACAAUGUCGUACCUGCUCCAAUAUUUACCUACAAAACAGCAGAUACAUGGGAAACUGUAGAACGUUACAAGCCAGGGUUAUGGUGUGAUAUCAUUGGUGACAAGAUAGCCUUGACCUUACCAUCUGCGUCAGUAAGACAGCUCUCAGAUCCAACAAUGACGAUGAAAGUUUGGGAUUCUGUAGUAUCUGCCCACAUUGACCUACUUGGGAAGGAUCCAUCCAAUGGUAGAGGACAAUGGGUGGUAACAGAUGAACAGCCGUCCAUUGGUUACAUGCAUUCUGGUUAUCCAAUCGUCACCCAUCUAGACAUGGCAGAUCCUAAUAAGAUCUAUGAGGACUGCUUCCUAUUGUCCAGGGACCAUAUUCUAAACGUAAACAACAGGAAAGGAAGUUGGGGAAUGUUCCAUGAACUGGGACAUAAUUUCCAGGAUUCUAUGUGGACGUGGGCUGGAACGAAGGAGGUGACUUGUAAUAUAUUUACUUUGCAUGCUAUGGACGUAGUUUGCAAUGUGAAACCAUGGGAUCAUCUCUGGGUUAGAGAAAAGUUCGAAAAUGCCAGCAACUAUCUCCGGGAAGGAACAAAGUAUGCCAAAUUGUGUUCUAAUCCUGGUAUAGCGUUGUUAGUGUACGCACAGUUGGCGAGGGAUUUUGGCUGGGCUGCUUACAAAUCUGUAUUCAGAACUUAUGAUAAACUUCCAAAAGACAAACGACCAUCAAACCAGCAGGAAAAAGAAAACAUGUGGAUACAGACGUUUUCCAAUGUAGUCAAGAGGAAUCUAAGCCUCGUUUUCGAAUUUUGGGGAUGGCCGAUUCGGGGCUUGGACGAUUUGAAAAAGUUUCCUCCAUACCUCCCUGAUGACGUGACAACACGUGAAUUUGCAAAAGACAGAGCGACAACAAUACUUAAAAAGUACGAAAAUAAUUCUUCUGGUGCCUGUCCUACUCAGAAACCAGCACACACGGACAAUGCUUAUUGUCCCGGUAAAGGGGGUUAUUAUAAGAUUGAUCAAUGUGAUGUAAAAGGUAACAGUGUAAAGGAGGAUGACAAUGACAACAGUUCAAGUUCAUGUUCUGUUUUAUGAGUAUUUUAAACA